UCAAUUCUGAUUUGUUCUGGUACUCGUGUUCGCCACAAUAUAUAUCUCUAAAUAACGAAAUGUAACAACUGAUUAGAUCUGUUCGUUUUCAACUGAGAGUUUUGUGUCACGUACUGAAUUGCAAAUUCGUCUCGAGUGACAAAAAUUGUCUCUAGUUUAAAAUCUCAAAUUUAUAAACGUGUGAAUGUAUCAAAGUACUGAAUUCCGAUGUUAGUAUAAGUUAGAACUCGAUGAUAGGAGAAGGCUAUCAUCGUUUCAUUCUCUCGCAAACUAUGAGAUGCCGUACUAAAACCAAAUUUCCGCGUUUGAACAGGGUUUAACAAACGAUACUACUAGUUUUAUAGAGUUACCGUAGCAAUUGUUGUAUAGUGUUUUGUUAUUAUAAUGUUAUUCUGUCUUAUUUUGAAAACUUUUUUCUUGUGUAGAAAAACCUGUAAAGAAAAAAAAUAGUACAAGUAAGAAUUGAAAAGUGAACAGCUAGCAGAGGAAUCAAUGAGAUUUUUAAUUCGAAUAGUGAUUUCGGUUCGUGUGUUGGAUAUUCUCAAAUAUAUAAAUUUUAAAUUUGUGUAUACAUCCAUAUGUAGUUCGUGAAAAAAUUCUCUAUCAUCAUAAAAAAAUUAAGUAAUUUACGCUCAUUUCCCAAAGCGUUUAAAAGCCUUAGAAGUUUUAUAAAAACUUUUAUAUAUUGGUGUUUGUUAAUACUAAGUCACUGUAAAGUAAGAUUAUCUUAUGGACAUGCAGACUUUAACUAAAAAAACAUUUGUCCAUACGUGUACAUAUUACCAAUCGGUAGUUAAAGUGUCAAAAUAUAAUAUAAGAAACCAUUAUUAGAAUAGUUUUGCAGAUUAACUCGACAAGUUUGUUUCUACACAAAACCUUCAAAACGGAAAAUUGUAUACAAAUGGCAACUGUAGGAGCAACUUCGUCGGCGACAGCACACGCUACCAGUGUCGUGGUUCUGGAUCGCGGCAACAAUACAACAUGUACCAUAAAUCUGCAUGGUGCAACUGUUGUUUCGUGGCGUGUUAAUAAUCAGGAGCAACUAUUUGUAAGCAAACUUGCCUCAUUUGAUGGGAAAAAAGCUAUACGUGGCGGCAUACCUUUCGUAUUUCCUCAAUUUGGACCCUGGUCAUUUGGUCCGCAGCACGGAUUUGCACGUAUAACUAGAUGGAAUUUGGAGCGAUCUCCAGAACGCUUGCACAAUGGUGAUGUUGAAGCUAUUUUCUCUUUGACGGACAACGAAUUUACUCGUUCUAUGUGGAAUUAUCAAUUUCGUAUUACAUAUCGACUGAUUUUACGAGAAAAGGAGUUACAUUUUCACAUUGGAGUAUAUAACCCCAGCAAGGAUUUAUCUUUCACUUUCAAUAUGCUGUUGCAUACGUAUUUAAAAGUUCCUGAUGUACGCCGUUGCCAAAUAACCGGUUUGCAUGGUUGCACAUUUAUUGAUAAGACUCGUGAAGGUGCUAUUUAUCAAGAAGGACGUGAAAUAGUAACCAUUGGCGAAUGGACGGAUCGAAUCUACCAACACACUCCACAAGAACAUGUCAUAACGAACGUUGUGUCCGGAAGAAAAAUGCGAUUACAAAAAUACAAUUUUCCUGACACAGUUAUUUGGAAUCCAUGGAUAGAUCAAGCAAGAGAAAUGAGCGAUUUUGGGGAUGAUGAAUUUCCCAAUAUGCUGUGCGUGGAGUCGGGUCAUGUGUCAUCGCCGGUUAUUUUACUACCAGGUACCGCAUUUGAAGCCAGCCAAAUACUGCAGAUCAUAAUCGAGGGAAAUGUCAAUAGAAAAAGCAAACGAAAUCGCUAACGUUUAAAGAAUCGGAACCCGCAGAGGUAAACCGAUUUAUAAAAGCCAAAAUUACAUAAUUAUUAGACGUUCAGAUGAAAACUAAGCUGGAGAAGGAGAAAGAGAUCGUCAAUUUACUCAACAGCAAAAUAAAGCACUCCAUUAAAUCAAAAUAAAUUUGGAAAUUAUAUAUAUAUGUAUUUAUAUAAUGUAGACGUGAUUGAAAAUUACAAAUGUGAACUGAAUUAAAUUAAAUGUUCUAAUUUUGACUUAAGUAAUUAAAAAUUUUUCAACAAAAAUAUAUAAUGACUCAAAUUAUAUAAAGGAACUUUGGUGUUAUAUUACGAAAUUUUCACAAAGUUUUGCAGACAUUGUUAGUUCAAAAUAAAAGGUGCUAAGUCAGUGCGUUCAAUUAUAUAAUUAAUUAGUUCAACUCAACUAUCUGGAAGGUUCUAAAGAAAUGUAUUACUGAUCUCUGCAUGUAUUAUUAUGAUAAGUAUGGUCAUAAUAUAUACAAAGCAAAAAGAAAUCAAGAGAAAUUAUUUGAAAUUUGUUGAAAUAAAGCAAAGUUUGCCAAUGGCUUCUAAUAUAUGUAACUUAUAAAAAGGUGUUUAUAUGUAUAUGUUUCUAGUUUAAUAUGCAAAGAUAAUUAACACCAAAAAACUCUAUACAUAUAAAGGCCCGAGGCAUACUUCUGUAAAAAUAUUUUUAAAUUAUUUUUUUAUUUAAAUUUUUAACUGAAGGUUACACAUUCAGUAAUAUUCAAUGAUUUGUCACUAAUACUUGUACGCAUAGCAUAAUAUAAAAUGUACCAACUACUUAACGUAAACACAUAUUUCGCAACUCUCAUAUAAUUAAUGUUCUUAACUCAUGUUAGUCAUCUUUUAUUCGCUAGGCGUUAGAGAGACUGACAGCAUUUAAAGUUCAAUUGUGUCUUAAGAUGCCACUUCCAUAACGGCUACUAUUUAUCUAAAAUACCACUAUUUUCAAUAUAUUAAUCUAAAAAUUUUACAUAUGUAAACGUUUAUAAUACAUAUGUACAUACAUCUCACUAUUUACCAUUCCAUCUUCAUGUACAGUGUAUCAUAACGGUUGCUAAAUUUUCUUAAAAAAGUCUCAAUUGAAUCGAUACCAAUUUAUUAUUUAAUUGUGGUUUUGUUUUGUUAAUUGACAUUUGUGUCCUACCGUUGUUACUCUACUUUUUAUUUUCACAAAAGCUCGUCUCUCUGUAUGGGUAAUAUUCCGAACAAGAUUUUCCUGUUGUCGUUGAAGCUUUUAGUAUUUCAUUGUGUCUGCGCAUAUAAAUUUUAAUUAAUUUGUUAAUGAAUUUUUAAAUAUUAUUAACCAUUUAAAUACUAUAUAAUCAUUAACAUUUAACUAUUGUUAACUUAAAAAAUGAAAGCCCUGCAAUAUCAAGAUAUUUCAAAUUAUGUAAUUCAAAAAGUAUAUUUUGUAUUUGAGAAUGCAUUAAUCUUCCAGUUUAUUUAUAUAUAUGAAUAUUUUUUUUUUUAAACUAAAACUAAGAUUUUGUAACCACAAUAAUUGAAUAAGUAUUGACUUAAACAAAAAUGGUGCUCAAAUAAAUUUAUGAAUAAGUCUAACUUUAUACAUUUUAUAUGAAUGUUUUGUAAACAUGUAUUUUGUAUAUGCUCAGUUAAAACGUUACAGAUUAUAGUAUACAUAUACGUAUGUAAGAGAACAUAUGAAUCAUUGUGAUAAUGUGUAUUACAUAUAAUUUUGUUUUACAGGUAUGUUUUGUACAUAAUAAAAAUGAUAUCCAUGUUAAAUAAUCAACAUUUCAACAAAUGAAUAUAUACAGUAGCGAGCAAAGCCGUUCUGAUGUUCAUCACUUUUGCAUUUUACAAUAAAUAUUUUUAAACAAUUUUAUGAUAACUCAAA